AUGGCACUUAUUUGUAUUGGUUCUGUAUGUUUUUCAUUAUUUCAUAUUGGAAUAAUUAUAUUAUUCAUAAUAAAUUAUUUUUCAUCUCAUUUAAAAAAAUUAUUUUAUCACUUUUUUCCAAAUAAUAAUGAACUAGACAGCGAAAUUAAAAGUAUUUUACAGUUAAAAAAAAAAAAUAAAGAGUAUGAAGAAAGUAGGUAUAUUGAAUUACAAAAAAACGAAUGUUUAAAAGAGAUAUUUUCAUCAACUAAAAAUUUAUCAGUAGUUUUAAAAUUUAGUAGUAUGUGGUGUAAACCUUGUAAUAAUGUAAAAGAAUAUUUUAAGAGUCAAACGGAUUUUUUUGAUGUAACACUUGUUAGCAUUGAUGUUGAUAUUCAUAAAAAGCUUAUGGAAUCACAUAAAAUAAGAGCACUACCAACUUUUGAAUUUUAUUUUUUAUUAAAAAAUGAAUGGAUAAUAACUUGCCGAAUUGAAGGAGGAAAUAAAAAUGAAAUAGAAAAAGCUUUCCAAAAAUACUGUUUACCAAAAGAAUAA